CAUUUUCAAGCCAAAAGCAAACAAAGGAGGAGACAAUCCAACCACGUGACCUGUCCAAAAAAACUUACCUGCCUGCAACCAUAUUUUCUUUUUCAUCACCACAUCCCAUUCCCAUAAUUCUCAUGUCUCUCUCUCUCACUCAUCAAUCCCACACAUCCCUUCACACCACAAUCUCCUUUUUUUCAAAGUUAAAAAAUGCACCAACCAGUUUUCCAUCAUUAUAAUAAUUUUUGUUCAUUUAUUUACUUUUAUUCCUGAGAAAAGUUUUUGGUCACUGGGUAUAGUUGUGCAUCUACAUUUGUGUCCACCUUGGCCUUUUGUUUUGUCCUCUGUUUGGUUCUUUGUUUGGUUGGGUUGUGAGCGUGCUCCAUGCUCACCUCCUUUUUAUUUUCUGCAACUGCAAAAGAAAGAAGAUAAUGGUAGUGUUAUCACCGGGAAACAACAACGACACACUCACAUGGAAUUAUUUGUGGGGGCUGUCCACACCUCAUAGAACCCAAACCCAACGCUCACAGAUCUCAAGGAUCUCACAACUUCAGCCUUGAACUUGGGUUUUUCUUUUUUCUUUUUUUCGCCAUUAAAGUUUUGCUCUUUUUGGUGUUCUCAGUGCUCACUCCUCUUGGCUGAUUCAAAUUUUUAGUUGCCAAGUUGGUCUGUGGUGGCAAAAAAGGAAAAAAAAAACAAUUUUGGCAUCUGGGUUCUUUUUGGCUUGAUGUUCAUUGAAUUUGGUCUAGUGGAAGUUGCUGUUUUGGUGAGGGUGGGGUUGCUUUGUGUGGGAAUCUGAUUCCAGAGACUGGCUUUUUCUGUUUGGAUAAGGUGAUAUAGACUGGACCUUCUUUGUGGGAAUGGGGAGAGUUGUUGUUAAUUAUGGUGGCUUGGAGCACUGGUCAGUGGUUGUGUGAGGGAGACACAGUUGAGGAACUAAUUUUAGAGUAUGGAACUUAGUAGUUUGGUUUUCUGGCUACUGGGGUUGCUGCUUUUGCAGUUGAUGGAGAUUUCUUCUGCUGCUCUUUCUCCAUCUGGCAUAAACUAUGAAGUUGUAGCUCUGAUGGCCAUAAAGGGUGACUUGACUGAUCCUCACAACGUUCUGGAAAAUUGGGAUUCUAGUUCUGUUGAUCCAUGUAGCUGGAGAAUGGUUACGUGUUCCUCUGAUGGCUCCGUUUCUGCAUUGGGAUUUCCGAGUCAGAACUUGUCUGGUACACUAUCUCCCGGAAUUGGAAACCUCACUAACUUGCAAUCUGUGUUGCUUCAGAAUAAUGCCAUUUCUGGUAGGAUUCCUGCUGCAAUAGGAAACUUGGAAAGNCCUCAACAGCUGCCACCCGAAGUUAGUCUGUUAUACCUCGUCCAAGUUCACCUUAUGGACUAA